AUGAAGUACUCCAUAGAUGAAAUCAAUGUGAACCCAGCACUUCUACCUGGAGUUAAAUUAGGUUAUAAGAUCUACAACACGUGCCGACAGCCCGCUGUGAUUGUGCAGCCAACCCUGUCCUUUAUGACGAGCCGAUCGACACAGAAGCUCUCUGUGGACUGCAACUACACUGACUACGACACCAGCAUCUCUGCAGUCAUUGGCCCCUACAGCUCCGAGAUGGUCUCUAUCAUCGGGAAACUACUGGGGUUCUUUCUCAUGCCGCAGAUCAGCUAUGGGGCCACAAGUGACAAGUUCAGCGACAAAAGUCUGUACCCAUCAUUCUUCCGCACCGUGCCCAGUGAUAAGUUGCAGGUGGAGGUGAUGGUGCUGCUCAUAAAGCAGUUUGAGUGGAACUGGGUGGCAGUGGUCGGCAGUGAGGAGGAGUAUGGCCAGAUGGGAGUGCAGGAGUUCUCCAAACUGGCAGAGAAGAGCAAACUGUGUGUGGCUUACCAGGCCCUGAUCCCAGUCUACACAGACCCAGCACCCGCCAUAGAGGUCAUCAUCAACAACAGCAUAGACACUAACGUCAACGUCAUCGUGGUCUUCUCUUUGUCAGAACCUGCUGUUGCAUUCUUUAAGGAGGUGGGAUGA